UUCUUGGUGAUAUAUGGAUGGAGCAGAAAGAAUGAAUCGACCAGUGGUCCAGAGAAGAAAAGAAAAAGGGUGGGAAGAAACUCUUUCAAGAAAGGAAGGCACGCUUGGUGGGAGGGGAAAAAAUAUGGUUGGCGAUGUGGUUGAUAUGAGUUCUCGUCCGGAUGGUGUAGAUACUGAGAAUCGCGUGGCCCGGAGACGGGGUGAAUGAGGCAGUAGGAGCCCGGUCGGAGGCCCAUAACCGGUGCGGAAGAAUAGAUUCAAUAGAGUAUUCUGG